GGAGACACGAUAGACUUGGCAAGAAAAGGAAGACCAAAAAACAACCUGGUUGGCUGUUCAAAUGAGAGACCAGAGAGACAAGGUCAUCUUAAAGUAGAUCAGGAUGUGCAAAACCCUGACUUCGUGUUUUCAGACCUGCAAGUGCCUCCGGGUCAAGCAAAACAGGAUCCAACGUUCUGUGAGGGGAUAAACACAGCACAUAUGUUCAAUGAAGAAACAGAAAGUAUGGAAGACAUUGCAGGGAUAUGCAUGGAUGACAAUAGCUUAGCAGCUGAAGAGAGACAUGAGUCAAAGCCUGACCUCGAAUCAGACAUGAAUAAACUAAGGUCUCAGAUGGACGACUGCAUAGAGGAAGUGCAGCGGCUAGAGAAAAAGAGAAAGGACCUGCUAACGGAGGUGCUGAUGCUGAGAGGACCCGGUGACAAAGAGGAGGUGGCAGCAGGAAGCAAGGAUGAAGAGGAGACCGAGGAGUCGAUCGGCAGCAAAGCCGUGGAGCUGAUCAUGAUCCUGAAGAAGGAAGAGGAGGGAAGACGAGAGGAGAGAAAGAAGGAGAUUCACAGCCUCAGGGAAGAGAGAGCAGAGGAAGAGAGGAAGACGUGGAAGGUGAACCUGGAGAGACAAGGUCUUCUCGACGAGCUCAGGAGUCUGAGGAGUAGGCUGUUCGCAGCGGCAAGGACCUGUGCCCACAGUCAGGCAGCACUAAACAAUCAGCGCUGUGAUGUGAAGUUACUGAGGGCAGAAGAGGAAAAGCUGAACUCUGUGGUGUCGCAGCUGACCGAGGAGAGUCGGCAGCUCAGGGCAGCCCAGCAGGAACAGCUGCAGGAGCUACAAGCACAGCUCGACCGGCAGCGCUCCGGCCAGACCCGCAAAGCUCAGGAGGAGCUGACCGAGUGCAGGCGGAAUUCCUGUGGGGACGUCCAGCAGUACGUUCAGGGUGGACUGAAAGCGCUGGAAGACAGGUAUGAACCCAUUUUGGUCGCACUGCUGAAGAGGAAAGAAGCAACGGCCGGUGCGCUUGCGGCUGCCAAGGAGCAGUCCCAGGAGCUGAGGGUCCGGCUGAAACCUCUGAGGGAGGAGAUUCAGAAACUGGAGCUGGAGAGGACUUGCUUAAAGGAAAAACUCAAACUGAUCCACAUGCAGAGGGAGGAGGACACAGGUCACUACAAGGAGGCUGUGCAUUUCCUGGAGGAGAACAUCCGAGAGCUGAGGACUGUGGUGGAGAUUCAGAAGAGGAAAAACAAGGAUAUGGAGGAGUUGAGAGAAAGCCUCACCAAGCAACUCCUGCUUUACAGGAUGGCCUCUGAGGACAAUACCAGCUGUGAUCAACAGGGAACAACAUGAUCCUACUUUUCGCUUUGGUUGGACAUCACCGUUCUCGCUAAAAUAAAAAGUGUUGGAUAUUUUUUUUUAAUCUGCAAGAGACGGGGCGCUCCAAAGAUUUCGACAAUGCACUAUACUGAAGACCUUUGUCUGUAAAGUAGACGUCGGCGUGUAGAAAGGUUUCUGUUGCGAAUAAAGGCCUGGUGUUUCUUUCAGUGUGAGUGCGACUGAUGACCUAACGUCUGUCUCUAAAGAGCAGAGCGUGUUUCUUAGACUUAUAAGGGCAACGUUUCUGGAGAACUAAACUGUCCCGCACAAACUCAUCUCAACAAAGCAGUGACGAAUCCUUAGCUACUCAACGUUAAAAUGAAGACUGUUUAAGCAUACUUGCUGGGUUGGUAAGAUACAAGAGGGGCUCGUGAGUAAGAAACAUUACGCACAUGGAAAUCUAGACAGAGGAAGAUGUAGGUUCACAGGCUGUUUAAGGACAUCCAAUAAAAUGUAGACUAUGUGCAACAUAAAAAUACUCAACACAAAAAUAGUUAAAUGAUAUCUGAGUGGGAACCUGGUCUGAUUUAAAAUGGAAUUUUAAGAAACAAUUAUUUCCACAAACACCAGAACUUCCUACGAUGCUUUGAAGGCUGUAGUUUUGUAGUUGAGUUGGGAACAAAGCAGGAACAGGUUUAUAAAUGCACAUGUUAUAAAAGCACUAUACAUACAAGGGUUUGGUAUAAAAACUUGCCGAUGUGCAGCCACAAGUAAUGCAUGUUUUAAUUGUAAAGAUGCAUCAAAUAAUGUCGUUUAAACAUCGCCACCUGAUGUAAUAUAAUGUCAACUAUUAGUUCUUCACAUUUAAAUGGUGCAUGGCUACAGAAAACAUAAUCAAAGUCAGCAGUCACAAUAGGUUUUCGCAUGAGAGAGAGGGGAAAAAGUGGAACAGCAAAGUGGCCAAUAGAGGGCGCUCUUACUGAGACAAAAAUUAGACCAGGUAUAAAAAAAGGGUCCCUAAAAUACAACAGUGAUUGUAUUUGUAUUAAUAAAUCAAACAAGACCUGAUGUGCUUAUUUCAAAAGCCUUAAGACUCUACAAUAAAGUUCAAAGAAAAGGAGCUGAUUAAAUGAGUAAUUUAAAUGAGAAAUGACUCAUUUAUCAAAGCUUUAUGUUCAGCUCUGGUUGCUCCAUUAUGCUGGCUGCUGUCGGUGUUGGUCUAAUGAUUUCUGUCAAAGGUUGCACACAGCAGCACCUCUCGAAACGUUGUGUUUUGUACUGUUUGUACCCGGCCACUGUGUGAGCAAAACUCCCUCCUCCUCGACCUCCCUGUAAAAGGAAAAGUGCUGCUGCUGUGCAGUCUGACAAAAAGAAGGAAGCUCAAAACUCAUCUUCAUCAAUGUGCAUACAAGAAAGGCUCCAUAAGGAUUACAGAGUGUUUUUAUGACAAAGUAAUUACAAUCCUCUGUUACAACCCUGCUCAUAUGUGUGGUGUCAAGUUCGGGUCCUUGUCCAGGCGUGCUUCUUACGGUCCAGUUGUUCAAGACGUUUUAUUCACUGUUUGUACUGUCGAUAUGGACGAGUUUACAUCAUCAUCACUUGGACUUUGAGUCAUCCAAGACAUGUUUUGUUUUUCCUACUCGGUUAUAUCUCCAAUCUUUCCUGGGCGUGUUUAUGUCAUCUUCCCUCAGCUCUUCUUAGUCAUGUUGCCACACAGAUGUUACUCAUUGAGUUAAAUUGACUCCCCAGUUCCUCUCUCCAAGUUUUUCAUCUUCAGAUUUCCUGUAAACCCUCACUGGAUAAUUUUUGUUUCCCUCUGCAUGGUUUCUGGUGCUUCCUGUUUCUGGUUGAUUUUGUGUUAGUCCUAGUGUUUGUAAAUUCCUUUUUUCUGGGGUUUGUUAAUAAAUCCUGCCUGCUGCUAA